ACGCCCGAAGACAGGAAGUGAGAGCGGUGAAGAUAGCAGAACAGGAAGUUGGGCGCCAAGCGAAGAGGAGAAUGGAAGAAGACGUGAAGAAAGAAGGACGUCUUUACCUGCAACACCAGCACACCUUUGGGAAGAAGAAGUGGAAGAGUGUGUGGUGUGUGUUGUUUGGAGAGAGUUGUCGGUCCAUCCCCAGACUAGAAGUGUGCGAGUGUAAAGAUGGCGGCGAGCGAGGAGGACGCCGACAUCAGGACCACAAGAAGGUGAUCAGACUGUCCGACUGUGUCCGAGUGGCGGAGGCGGAGGUGGAGGCGGAGGCGGCGCCCAAGGACACGGCCUGCUUCCUGUUGGAGACCACGCACAGGAACUUCCUGUUUGCCGCUCACGCACCACAGCUGUGGACCACUCUGCUGUGCCAGGCCGCCUUUCCUGUCAGCUGGGCGGGGCCUAUCAGCAGGGGGCGUGGCAGCCAGCAGAAAGUAGAAGAAGAAGGCAUGGAGGACAACAUUUUGUACAGCACACAAACAUUGAGGGACUUCCGUGUGUGUGUGAGGAGGACAGAGUCAUCCGAGCGAUGUCGCCUGAAGAAAGAAGGUGUCCUGCGAGCCAGCUCAGAGGUGCUCCACCUGCUGGACACUGCAGGUGUUGUCACCCUCAGCUGGCCUUACAGGUUCCUGCGCCGCUUCGGGCGGGACAAGAACACCUUCACCUUCGAGGCGGGCCGCAGGUGUGAGUCGGGCGAGGGCAGUUUUGAGUUCGACACCAAGGAGGGUAACUUCCUGUUCCAGGCGGUGGAGGCCGCCAUCAGUCAGCAGCGUGCCCGUCACGCCCGCAGAGGAGGGCCCGUCAACAUGGAACUUUGUGCUGCCCCCACCCUGCCACCUUUACCUGCUUCCUACCGUGAUGACCCACAAUCCUCUGCUGCUCAGGUGGACGUGGAUCUGCUCGGAGUUGACAAGUUGACCCUGGUCCCCAAGAAAAGGGUCCACGUGAUCUGCGGCUCCCCGCUGAACCCUGACCUCUGCUCCCCCGCGCCGUGGUCCCUGGAGCAGACGUACUCGCAGGUCACGUGGGACACCAGCACGCCGCACCUCCCCAAAGACGACCCGUUCCACGCCGUCUCCAAGAAGGACCCUCUGAGCGCCGAGCGUCCCCUGGACAGCGAGGUCCUGACCCCGGCCUACGAGGAGGAGGACCACGUUUACAACGAGCCGCAAAGCUGCCUGGGACCGCCCUCCGAGUACGACGACCCCGAGGAGCUGAAGGGAGACGCCUGGAGGACCAUGGCCACCGCCGUGGACCGGGACGGACCGAGCCGGAGGUCACUUCCUGUCGCCCGGCAGGAAGCAGAAGGGGAAGAAGUGAUGAGCAGAAUAAGAAAGUAGGGGGUGGAGCCAAAUAAAGCACUUUCUUUAUUAACCAAA